AUGGGCCGCGAACUACAAAAGAAGAAGCGCCGCUCCGGCCGCCCCGCCGUCCGCCAGUCAAACAGGACCAAGAAGAUCCUCAACCCGCGCGGCAACUCUGUCAUUGCGAAGAAUUGGGACAAGAACGAGACGCUGGCACAAAACUACCGCCGACUAGGCCUCCUCGCACGCCUCAAGACCCCCACCGGCGGCACCGAAAAGAAGCUCUCCUCAGAACAAUCAUCAUCCUCCUCCUCAGCGCCCCUCGCGACAACGACGUCAAAACCAGACCCCUUCGCCAUCGCGACAGCCGAAAAGGCCAUUCUCUCCGAAGCCAAGGUCGAGCGCGACGCGGCCGGCAACAUCGUCCGCGUCCUCGGCCGCAAGGCGAACCCGCUGAAUGACCCGCUCAACGAGCUCGACUCCUCGUCCGAGCAGGAGGAUGACGGCGACGACGGCGAGGAAUGGGGCGGCAUCAACGAUGACGGCGUCGGCACGACGGAGGUGGUCAAGUCGCUCAUCGAAGAGGCCAAGAACCCGGCGCCGCCCAAGGUUCGGUACCUGAGCGAGCGCGAGACGGAGUGGUUGGAGUCGCUGGUGGCCAAGUAUGGGGACGAUACGAGGGCCAUGGCGAGGGACAUGAAGCUCAACCCUAUGCAGCAGACGGCGGCCGAUAUCGCGAAGAGGCUGAAGAAGUUGAAGGCGCAAAAGGAGUAG